CAUCGCCAUCGCCCUUCGCCGUUGCAUCGUCACCGCCUUCGUCACCGGAUCGCUAUCGCCUUCUCUCGCCCAUCCACAGCCGCAGCCAUGUCCAGCAAGAAAACAGACAUCGACGUCGAAGACGACGACCAGGCUUUCCAGGAAGACGCCGGGCUGGAGCAAGGAUACGCCGAAGUCGAGCAGCUGGUCAAUGCCCGCGCCCAUCACGUCCAGGGCCUUUUGUCGAGAUCCGAUUUCCUCGGCGCCAUCCGAGCUUCGCUUGAUAGCCCUCCUACUGGCCGCGCUCCGGCAGAGCUCAAGGAUUUGAACACAAAAACAGUCAUGGCGGCUCUCUCAACUCUCCGGCCCAACGACAUUCCCGAAGUCAUCAAGUCCCUGAGCCCUGCCGAAGUUGACUCCCUGGUGAAGUACAUCUACAAGGGCAUGGCCUCGCCCGAGCAGUACAACUCUGGUCUGCUCCUGGCUUGGCACGAGCAGGCGGUCAAGACCGCGGGACUGGGAUCGAUCGUGCGCGUGCUGACGGAUCGCCGCACUGUAUAGAGGCGCACUUUCUGUUCCCGACUUGGAUGGCGGGAUGCGCAUGUACAUUUCAGUGCUAUGCUUGGCAGGUCCCGCCCAACACGAACUCGCAUAUCCACGCUGCUGGCAAUGAACAUGGGCAAUGUCGCCGAUACCCAGCACGCGCAAGCGCUGUCCCCUACAC